UCCUCUUCUCUCUCUGUCUGUGUUUUAAAUCGGCCCUCCCUUACUAAAAACUCGUAUUUACUAUUUUCUCUCUCUAGCCCUUCUCUCUCUAUAUAGUCCAGGAAGAGGGACGACACGACUUUGGUUUAGUUUUCCUUCCCCUGGCCUUCCCUCUCUUUUUCUUCUUCUUUGCCUUCGUUAGCCAUGAAAGCUUAGCUAUCUCAUAAAGCAGGCUUUCGUUUUCACGUGGGUUUUGACGUUCAAGCUCUUCCAUGGAGUUAGUUGUGGGAAGGACAUUUCAAGGGAAAGACUUUUUUGUGCGUGUCACAGAGAUGGAUUCAGCUGAACUGAACCUUGAAUGCAUAGAAGAAACAUGUUCCGACCAGUUACUUGCACCAGGUUAUCCAGAAAUAAGCAGUAUCGUUGGAGAUCAACAGGUGCUUCCUCGAAUUGGGGAUCAGUACCAGGUGGAAAUCCCACCCCUGAUUGAAGACUCUGGCAGUAUUCAGCUUAUAAAGAAAUCAAUUGAUUCAGAUGACAUGGUUGAUGUUACUAAUUCUUUUUUAAUGGGAUUACCCAUCCCUAUCAUGUGGGUCCAUGAUGAGCUUGCUAAUGUUAAACUUGAAUUGCUGGAAUGUCUUGGUAAUCCAGAUGAGGACCAAAAUGGGUUGGUAGAGUUUGGAAACAAUAAAGAGGACCAGAUUAUUUUAAACAAUGGAGAUUUGAAACUUGAAUCUUUGGAUGUUUCCCUAAAAUAUGGAAAAGGAGUUGGGCCAUCACAAAGCCUUGAAUCAACUGCGGUGGUAAGCAAGCAGAUGGAUGUGGAGUUGCCUAUGGUGCCAGAAAAUAAAUCUAACCUGGUUCAGAUGCGUGGAGGCAGAACUUACUGUCCAUUUCCAGGAUCUUUAGGUGGAUCCUGGAGUGACAUUGAGAAGGAGAGUUUUAUCCUUGGUCUAUAUGUCUUUGGAAAGAAUCUUAUUCAGGUGAAGAAAUUUAUGGAGAGUAAAGAAAUGGGGGAUAUACUAUCUUUCUAUUAUGGGGAGUUUUAUAGGUCUGAUGGGCAUCGUAAGUGGUCAGAAUGCAGGAAGAUGAGAAGCAGAAAGUGUAUACAUGGGCAAAGAAUUUUUACUGGAUGGAGGCAACAAGAAUUAUUGUCACGCUUGCUUCCUCACAUGUCAGAGGAAUGCCAGAAUACUUUGCUGGAGGUGUCUAGGACAUUUGGAGAGGGAAAAAUUUCUUUGGAAGAAUUUACCUCCACCUUAAAGGCUACAGUUGGCAUGAAAGUCCUUAUUGAAGCUGUAGGAAUUGGUAAAGGGAAACAAGAUCUGACAGGCAUCAUGAUGGAGCCUCUAAAGGCCAAUCAAGUUAUUUCUACUCGUCCUGAAAUACCAAUUGGCAAGGCAUGCUCGUUACUUACAUCUGGGGACAUCAUUAAGUUUCUAACAGGAGACUUCCGGUUAAGCAAAGCCCGGUCAAAUGAUCUUUUUUGGGAAGCUGUUUGGCCCCGUUUACUUGCAAGAGGGUGGCAUUCUGAGCAGCCUAAGAAUCAUGGUUAUACUGGUUCCAAGCAUGCUCUGGUGUUUCUUGUACCUGGUGUUAAGAAGUUCUCGAGAAGGAGACUUGUGAAAGGAAACCAAUACUUUGAUUCUGUCAGUGAUGUCUUGAAUAAAGUUGCGUCAGACCCAAGGCUUCUGGAGCUUGAGGUUGAAGCAGUUAAAAGUGAAGGCAAGGAAGAAUUUAGUUGGGACUCAGAGCUAAAAUUGGAUCAAGGUGGGUUCUCUGAUCAUCAACGACCUUGUUAUCUUCGACCACGCCUUUCAAAUUGUAAGUCAGAGCUCAUGAAGUUUACUAUCGUGGAUACCAGUUUGGUUCAUGGAGAAGAACCAUCAAAAGUCAGAGAACUACGAAGUAUACCUGUCGACACUACGAAUACUUCCAUCCCAACUAACAUAUCCAGAGAACCUGAGGGAGAUAGCUCUGAUGAGAAUGUGGAUUAUCCAAACCCGGCUCACAAUCAAGGCGAUGCUAAUACUUCCAGCCCUUCAAAGGUCAUGUUUGACAGGGGCUCCUAUUCUGACACAACAAAUUGCAUUAAGCAUGCGAUGCCAACUUACUGUCAAGAUCCCUCAAAUGGACCAUCAGACAAUCAUGGGAAUUCAUAUCGCAAUAUUGAGAAGCAACCAAGGAAGACUAAGUGCCCAGUCAGCCAGAUUGUUAAUGGUCCAGGUCCCUCCAGUGGUCCAUCAGACAAUCAUGUGAACACAAACUCCAAUACUGAGAAGCAACCAAAGAAGACUAGGUGCAAAGUCAUCCAAAUUGCUAAUGGUCCAGGUCCCUCCAGUGGUCCAUCAGACAAUCUUGAGAAUACAUACUCCAAUACUGAGAAGCAACCAAGGAAGACUAGGUGCAAAGUCAGCCAGAGGGUGAAACCCAGCCAGUCAAACCAUGCCCCUGUCACAAAAAGGCGGAGGUUGACUGCUUGUAGUCAUUCAGAAACAAGCCGCAGCAGGAACAGUUUUUCUGUGGCUCCUGUACAAAAACAAGAGGAGCCUUCUUUGCAGUCAAACUCACCUUUUGCAAGUGAUAACAUGGUUUCUCUAGUGAGGCAAUCUCUGGAUAAGGUAUCUUCUACAGGUUCUUCAGCUAAAGGCAGUCCAGACGAGAGCAGUGAAGGGAUUCUCACUGGGAAUUGUUUUGGUGAACUACAUAAUGCGAAACCUCAAUCGCAGACUUUGAUUGACCUUAAUCUACCCCAUGCUCCACCAGAUUUUGAAACUGAGGAACCCUUUACUGAAGAUGUUGACAGCCUGGAAGACCCAAAGAGGUCAUUGCUACCAUCUGAAAUCAGCCAGCAGCCGGAGGAUUCCAAAGCAUUGAGAACCAAUAAUGCCAAUCAGCAGCCUACUGUAAAUGCCCGGAGGCAGAGCACAAGAAACCGACCAUUGACAACAAAGGCAUUGGAGGCUCUUGCUUGUGGGUUUACGAACACAAAGCGAAGGAAGAGGAGUGCAGAGGCCCUUUCACGAGAGAUUUCAAUACCAAGGCCUUCCAGACGAUCCCGUGGCAAGGUUGGAGUUACUGGAAAUUGGGGUGUUGAAGCUGGAGUCGUGGAUUCGAAGGUUGUGGAGAUGGUGGUUGAUGGUGAGUGUAGUAGUAAUGCCUACAUAGUUUGCAAAUCCCAGGUUGGAUCUGAGAAGAACGGGACAUAUCAUCCUGAAGUUUUGAUGUGUAAAGACGAUUGAUAUUGUUAGAUGGUGACAUCAUUUGGUGUUGCAGAUGAAGAUGCAAGAAAGUUGGGAAAGAGUGGUCUGCCAGUUAGCAUGCCGAAGAACUUGUGUUCAUUGUAUUUACCAGUAAUCCAGGGAGAUCACUAUCUCUUUUGGAUGCUUCUAUGCCAUUAUAUGCAAGGAGAAGAACAAUGUUAUCCCUUCCAAAUGUCUUCCGUUCAUUUGAUUGCUGAAACAAUGGAACAUGAUAGGUUGGAAGAAACAAUUGAAUAAUGGUGCUUCAGGACAGUUUAGUCACAUCUGAUGGAGUAAAACUUGGCUCUUUUGAGAAGUAGGAAGAAGAAAUGAUAGUAACUUCAGAGGGACUCAGGCUUUCCAGACAAGAACAUUUGUCAGUUUCAAUAAAUUUCCUUUUCCAUAAGAUCGAUUGACAUUGCUGCAAAGGAGUUCUGAACAGCAAAGCUGGAGGGUGUCAUUCUCUUAUGUCAUCUAAGAGGAGUAAUGCUGUGCGUUGACUGGUCGAACUCUGAUUGUUUCUGUGAUUGUAGAGCCACAUUAUACACAAAUUGGGUACCCAUUAGUAUUGAUUCUGACAGUGUUGUUAUGAACAUAGUUUCUCCCUUGUGAUUUUAAAGGUUUAUACCCCAUCUGUAUUGAAUCAUAGUUUCUGUUUGGAAUCCUUUUGUUUUCCAUAGCUUUGCUUUAUUCUCACUGUGAUAUAGGAUUCAUUACAUGAACUGAACUUACAUUUUUCUAGCUCUGUCCUUUAAAACAUGUUUUGAUGGUUGUACUUUGAUUAGGAGUUGAACAGAUGAUCAUUUGGUUGUGUUUACAGGCAAAUUGAGCCACAGAUUACAAAAUGUAGGCCUAGCUAAUAUGUA